AUGAAUGAGGCAAGCAAAAUUUAUGUCGCCAUAAAUCUCACCAUAACCUUUACAUGUAUUCAAAUGGUGGUUAUGUUUUUCUGCUAUGGGUGCGUGAUUAAGGGACUUUACUUUAGUACCGUAGUGUACCCAGAAACCGACAGAGAGACAACAUCAGAGAAAAAGAAACUUGUCAUAACUCUAACCUUGGCCACUACGGGAUUUGUAGUGGGUUACACGCCAUAUCUGUUGUAUUUUGGGGCAUUUCUAUUAACAGGAAGUGACAGAACCGAAGACUUUCUAGACGUAGCGAAUUUUUUUUUUUUCGUGUCCAGUUUAAGUUUAAACCCUAUUAUUUAUGCAUUUCGUGGUAGAAAAUUUCGGGAAGGGCUUAAAAGAAUGUUGUUUUGCUGGAAACCUACAACACAGAACGAUGCUUUUGAACUGAAUAACUAAUUGUUGCUCUUACUAUUUUCGUCAUCUAACGGAUUAGCUCUCUUUCUAAAAAAAUAUAUAUAAUAUUUAUUCCGUUCUUGCAUAAAACUGUCAAGUCACAUCCAAUUGUUAAGGACAGCUUUGCUUUUCUUUCUAGUUAUGUGCAAAAAGUUAUGCGAAAUCCCCCCCCCCAAAAAAAAAAAAAAAAAAAAACGUAAGGAAAUCUGCGUGUGGUAAAAGUGCUUUUUAGGAGUUAUGUAUCUGUAAUUUCAAGUUUUGGCCCGGCCUGAAAUGUUUUGAAGUAGUAAAGAAGUUAAAAAUGACUACGAAAAAUAAUAAAGAAAUAAUAUUGAGGUCCUAAUUCUAUCCGCCUGUUAAAAUUUGGGGCGAGGCUUCACUGGAAUAACAGAUAUAACUAA